UUCAAGUCCGCUCUGCCCCGCUACGCGCUUGCUUAUGCGUUUCGUUGACAGCGUGCAGCCAAUUGAUGGAGAGAUGGGGAUGAGGACCCGUCGAUAAGUAUAUAGCUGUGAAAUUUUUGGGACUUGAACCGCCUGCUCCUCUGGAUUUCUUCCCCCAUCAUCAUCUACGAGGCGGCAAGUUUUUGGUUAAAGAGGGCUUUUUUACGGCCCCUACCUGUCCGCUCUUUGCUCUCGACAUUUCACUCCUCCUACUGCUGUAAUUCGCAAUGUCGAUGUACUACUCCAAGGCCGCUGUCCUUCUCCUCUCUGCUGUGCUGGCUCCCGUGCGUUCGGUUGCUGCUCAUGGUGGUCAUGAGCAUGUCGCUAGAGACGCUAGUCUUCCUGGCUCGUGGUUCCAUGAGGAAGACCAUCCAGUUCAUGCUCUCUUCCGCCGCGAUAUAGGCACUGAUGGUGCUGAUUACCCCGAGGUCGGAACCCCCACCUGGAGUUCCAAAUAUCCUCAAUCCUCCCCCGACGUCAGCGCCUUGCCCCAAGAAUGGACAGACGCCCUCAACGCCGCCGUCGCAGCAGGAAAGAUCCCCAACUAUGCUCCUUCGACGUCAACAGGCGGCAACCCGACAUACGCGGAUGGCCUUGAUCCCACUGGCUCUGAGGUCUGCUCGGGAACGUAUAAGUGCAGGAUCGACGGGCAGAUCUGGGACGCGCCGGAUGGGACCGUUGGUAUUAGUUUCGAUGAUGGUCCGGUUGAUGGAUCAGCUAUGCUAUACCAAUUUAUGCAGGAGAAUCAGAUCAAGGGAACGCACUUUAUGAUCGGUAGCAACAUUCUCUGGUACUCGCAGGAAUUCCUGACAGCGUACGAGACCCUCGAGGACGAUCUCGCUGUUCACACCUGGACACACCCCUACAUGACGACUCUGACGAAUGAGGAGGUUCUGGCCCAGCUCGCAUGGACCAUGCAGAUCAUUCAUGACUCGGCAGGCGGACGGCUCCCCCGUUUCUGGAGGCCUCCUUACGGCGACACCGACACGAGGGUUAAUGCGAUCGCACAGGAGGUCCUUGGAUUGACAUGUAUCUUGUGGAACCAGGACACCGAAGACUGGACUAUGUCUGAAGGCAAAACGACGCUUCCCAAUGUCAUCUCAGAAUUGACUGGCUGGUACAAUGGCACCCAAUCCCCUGGUCUGAUCAUCCUCGAACACGAGCUGACCAAUGACACCGUCUCCGCCUUCAUUACGACCUAUCCCUACAUCGCCGCAAACAACUGGAAGAUGGACUCCGUCGUCUUGCUCGAUGGUCUCAACCAGCCAUACCAGAACGUGGUGGGUACCACGGGCGCCGUAGACUCUGUAUCGGACAUCCUACCCGACUCAGCAACAGACUCCUCCGAUUCUUCGUCUACGUCUGGCUCCGCCGCUGCCGCGUCGACUACCUCCGGUUCGAAGACAACAGCAGCGUCGAGUUCGCACGCGGCUGGGGCUACUUCGUCUGGUUCCUCCUCGGGUUCGGGCACCAGUGCCAGCGAUUCGUCCACGUCUGAUGCGAGGUCAUUGAUUAUGGGGUCACGGCAUCGUGCUGUGGAUGUUGCGUUGGGGACCAUCUUUGGGUUGCUUUUCGUCGGCUACUUUGCUUGAUCGGCUUGAGGUUUGCUGUGUUGAAGUUGCACGUCGUGGUCGUUCUCACUCACUGAACGAACCCUACAUACCAUACCCCACAUAUUUUAUUUCACCUGCACUCAUCACUUUGUACGGUGUAAUUGCUUUUCGUAUCAGCGCCUUUUCUCCUGUCCUAUUUGGAAUUUUUCUGUUGCGGAUGUGAAUGGACGUUCUCAUUAUACCAUUGAUGUCGUCUCCGGACUGGCUAUCAAUAAACACACACUCUUUUGUACACAUCGUUCCCUACUAUUUAAUUUAACACGCAUUGC